UGAAUAAAUACAUAGCUCGUACACAGAGUCCCUUCGUUAAGUCAACACAUAAAUUGAUAAGCAAUUGAAAUUUUCUGUCAGUGUAAAGAAGAAUUUUGUAGUAUUUAUGUGGUCUUAGAUUUUCACUUAUUAUAGAUUAUUAUGUUGUUAAUGAACAUUAUUUAUGUGUUUUUUUUAUUCAUCUGCGAACAUAAUGUUAACCCUUCUAAAUUAGAAACCAUAAAACACUGCUGUGGAUUGGGUAAAAACUAUGCAGAAUCUGGAUUAGUGUGUGAUACUUUUCAACCACCUAUAGCUGGUGUUACGAAAGACGAAGAAAAAUUCUGUCUAAGUUCUGUAAAAAGUUGUUGUAAAAAACAAUACAGGGAAAAGCAGUGUCAAUUGGGCAUAGAAGAUGCUCGUAAAAACUCUAAUUGCAAUUCUGAUGGUUCUGAUGAAAGAAGGGGUUGCUGUGACUCAUGUAAGAUAGGGUUAGAGUCUUCAGUUGAUACAUCAACAUGUGAUAUUGAUAUUGGCUUAGAACCUUUAAUGAAUGACGCGUUUAAGAGUUGCUGCGAAAAAAAGUCAAAUACAGAGAGUACUUCUACUAGCAGUACUACAACAUCCACUACUCCUAUUGUAACAACUCAAUCUUCUACAACAGAAUCAAAUCUCGAUGAAAAUUCACCUGGUCUUCCACGGUUGGAAGGGGUUUGUGAUAUUCCCGAAAUAUGCGCACAUCUCUGCAUCAAAGAAAAAGAUUCUUACAGAUGUGAUUGUCAUAAAGGAUACACCUUAAUGGCCGAUGGGGUAUCCUGCAAAUUAACUGCGGAAGUAACCGUUAAAAACAGAUGUGCGCUUCAUAAUCCCUGUGAACACGAAUGUUUGGAUACAGGUGUGGCAAUAAAAUGUUUAUGUGAUGACGGUUUUGAGCUGGCAGGGGAUAGAAGGUCAUGUAAUGAUAUUAACGAGUGCACUUUGGGCAUCCACGAUUGCAGACCAGACGAACGUUGCAUCAACACGGAAGGCGAGUAUGAGUGUGUGAAUUCAAACAGCACUUACCCGUCAGAGAAAACCGAUUUCUUGGAUAAAUGUCCCUCUGGAUACAUGUUCAAUAGCGAAAAAAUGGUUUGUGAUGAUAUUGACGAGUGCGAACUUCAGCUGGUAUGUACAGAUUCUGCAGUUUGCAUUAAUACAAUUGGAUCUUACAAAUGCGAAGAAAGCAACUUUCCCAGCUGCCCACCAGGUUUUCAAUUCAAAGACUCCAUACAAGAUUGUGCUGAUAUUGACGAGUGUAUAACUGGGGAAAAUAAUUGUGAUCCAAACACACAAUUUUGCUUAAACAGUAAAGGAAAUUACACGUGCAUAGACAAAUCUUCAACGAGAGCAUGUCCCGCUGGCUUUAAGAAAAAUUUAGUUACGCAGUUAUGUGAAGAUAUAAACGAGUGUAGCGAAAUUCCGAACGUUUGUGAUGAAAAUGAAGAAUGUGUUAAUGAACCUGGUGGUCAUGACUGCAAACCAAAAAGUAAAACUACAACAUUAGGCACAUCCCUAAAAGAAGAUAGUAGUUCAACUGUAACAGUAACAUCAUCUACCACUUUAAAACCAACAAAUACCAAGCCGUUUUACAACACACAUUAUUUUACACCGAAGCCUACAACACCUUUAGAAACUUUUACUAAACCUUCAUCUCGACAUCAACCAAUACCUUCCACUUCCACGCCUAAACAUUACGAAUGUCCCGAAGGCUACCAAUAUUCGUUAGAAAAAGGAAAUUGUUUUGAUAUAAAUGAAUGUUUGCAAGAUAGUCAGGCCUGUGAUAGUAAUCAAGAUUGUUAUAAUACACCAGGAAGCUUUGUAUGUACUUGUAAAAAUGGAUUUGAAGAAGACCCAUAUACAGGAGCUUGUGUAGAUAUAAAUGAAUGUCAAACUGGCCAAAACGAAUGCGGAGAGGGUCAAAGAUGUGACAACUCUAUUGGAUCAUACUUUUGCGCUAGGGUGGCUGGAUGUGGGACAGGGUACACGUUAAAUACCGCAAUAGGGCUGUGUGAGGACGAUGACGAAUGCACUUUAAAAACAGAUAACUGUCAUAAUUUAGGUCCUAGAUAUGCAUGCCGAAAUAUUCCAGGGUCUUACAGGUGCAUACAGAAUCCAAGAGUUUACACAGUUAUUACCCCUAAUACCACUAGUAGUACUCAUGCUCCACCUACUACCUCGACUACUGCAAGAACCACCUUAUCUUCAAAUGUGCCUCCUUCUUUCCCCAUAAAAUUUUUUGGAGAUUCAUCUUUGAGCAAACCACCCAUUAUAAAUACAUUUACUGUCCCAAUUAAUAGAAAUCCUACGAGGAACGAAGUAUUUGCUAUUCGACCUAUGAAAAAAUGUCUUCCUGGAUAUAAAAUGAAUGCGCAAGGACAAUGUAUAGACAUUGACGAAUGUGAAAGUUCACCUUGUAAGAAGAAUGAAAAGUGCAUAAACUUGCAAAACGGUUUCCAAUGCAUUCCAACUAUUCACUGUAGGUCAGGAUAUGAAUUAAAUGAAGAUGGAACAGAAUGUGAUGACAUAAACGAAUGUGCUAGGGGUAUACAUAAAUGUAAAAAAAGUCAAAUUUGUAAAAAUGGUCCUGGUUAUUACCUUUGUCAAUGUCCAGGAGGUCACAAACUAAAUAACCAAAAUGAAUGCGAGGACAUUGAUGAAUGUGAAUUUUAUAGAGGGAGGAUUUGUUCAGCUAAUGCAAUUUGCCAAAAUACUGUUGGUUCAUACAAAUGUAUAUGCAAACAAGGAUUUAAAGAAAUCGAAAAUGGAUGCGAAGAUGUAAACGAAUGUAACGAAACGCCAAAUUUAUGUCAUCAUACCUGCAUAAAUUUAUGGGGAAGCUACAGGUGUGCUUGUGAAAGGGGAUUUAGUCUAAAUAGUGAUAACAGAACGUGUUCUGAUAUCGACGAAUGUGAGAAAUUCAGCGAUAGGAAGUUAUGUGUCGGAACCUGCCAAAAUAUACCGGGGAGUUACACAUGCAAAUGUCCUGACGGUUAUAGAUUAGGAGCUGAUGGUUGGACAUGUCAAGAUAUUGAUGAGUGUGAGCAAAAUCCGUGUCCAAAUCCAGAUGAUAUCUGUUUUAAUGUUAGAGGCGGAUUUAAAUGUCAAACAAUUAAAUGUCCAUCGCAUUAUAUUAAAGAUCCUGAACACAAAAGUCAUUGUAGAAGAGCUUCGAACGUUUGCGACAUUAACGAUUAUGCUUGCUUGCAAAUGCCAACACAAUACUCGUAUCAUUUCGUCACUUUUGUCUCAAAUUUGCCGAUAUCGUCAAAAGGAACGAUCGAUUUUUUCCAAAUCAAAGGACCUGCUUGGACGAGUUCAACAGCAGAUUUUAACAUGAACCUCAGGAAUAUCAGGUGUCCCAGGCAUGUUAAAAAAGCUGAUGAAAGCUAUUUUAAAAUGACCAAAAACUAUAAUAGAGCUAUUAUCGGAAUAGUUAAGCCAAUAGAAGGACCUCAAGAAAUGGAACUGCAAAUACAAAUGCAGAUUUUUGUUCAAGGCAAUUUUCAAGCUAAACUUAUAUCUACUAUUUAUAUUAUUGUCACAGAAUAUCCAUUCUAAGUAAAUAAUUUAAUGUUAGUUAUAGUUCUAUUUAUGUGUGUAAUUUUUGAUAAGUGCAACUGCGUUUAUUACCUAAUACAUAUUUAUAUAAUUUU